AUGUCAAUGGCAAAGUCAAUGCCUAAGGGAGUUUUAACACAUAUUAAUGAGCACUCACAUAAUCAUGCUCUAUCGAGACUAUCUAUGACGAACAACCACUUGCGAUUUAACCAUACCACUGGGGCAUCAUCAUCAUCAUCAUCAUCAUCUUCUUCUUCUUCUUCUACAGCAGCUGCCUCUACAACUGAAUCUUCGCCAAAUGAGACCACCAUUAAGACUCCCCAAUCGGCACCGCUAGUUAUAGCUACAAACCAAGGUACAAAAUACACGGCGACAUAUGCAAAUUACGCAACUACGGACUCAGGCAAAAUCAUAUCCUAUUUCCAUGACAUUGAUCUCGGCCUCGAUCUUGUUGCAAAAGAAGCAAACUUUGUAUGUGAGAUCCCACGUUGGUCCAAUGCCAAGUUUGAAAUUCUGCGUAAUGCGCCUGGUAACCCUAUAGUCCAGGAUUCCAAAAACGGCAAAGUUCGCUUUGUAAAGAAUUUGUUUCCACACCAUGGCUAUAUCCACAAUUAUGGCGCAUUUCCUCAAACAUGGGAGGAUCCCACCGAAAAACACUAUGACUUGUUUGGUGAUAAUGAUCCUCUUGACGUGUGCGAGAUUGGCUCAGAUAUACUUUCAACCGGUGAUGUGAAAAGAGUUAAGAUCUUGGGCUCAUUGGCCUUGAUUGACGAUGGCGAGCUAGACUGGAAGGUAAUUGUAGUAGAUAUCAAGGAUUCUUUGGCUUCAGAAGUCAACGAUAUUGACGAUUUGAGAGAAAAAUGCCCGGGCUUGCUCGAGGCCACAAAACAGUGGUUUAAGGAUUACAAGUUGGCAGAUGAAAAGCCAGAGAAUAAGUUUGCAUUUGAAGGAAAGUAUAAAAAUGCAAACGAGACAUUGGAGAUUGUUCAAGGCUGUCAUGAUAGCUGGAAACAAUUGGUUCUGGGAAAUAAAAAUGGUAGUGAGAUUAAGCAAAUUCCGGCAAUUACAAAUACAACUUUAAAAGAAACGCCCGGUUAUGUUGAGAAAUUCAACGUGGAGCUCAAUAAUCCAGCGCAGCCUGAUGCCGCGUUCCCUGUAGGUACUAAUCGAAGCUAUUUUUUCAAACCGAAGGCAUAA